CCGCACUCUCAGCCCGCCGCCCGCUGCCGCCAUGUUCCGCUACCUGGGGGAGCUGGUUACCCGCAAUGGGGGAGCCCUGGCCUCCGCCGCUGACUCCGCGCUGCCCGCCUCGGCCGCCGCCCUCCGCCGGUACAGCCAGGCCGUGGACGCCGAGGACGAUCCCAACUUCUUCAAGAUGGUGGAGGGCUUCUUCGACCGCGGCGCCGGCAUCGUGGAGGACAAGCUGCUGGAGGACCUGCGCACCCGGGAGACCGAGGAGCAGAAACGGGUCCGGGUGAAGGGGAUCCUGCGGAUCAUCAAACCGUGCAACCACGUCCUGAGCGUCAGCUUCCCCAUCAAACGGGACAACGGGGAGUGGGAGGUGGUGGAGGGCUACCGGGCCCAGCACAGCCAGCACCGGACCCCCUGCAAGGGAGGUAUUCGUUACAGCACAGAGGUUAGCGUUGAUGAAGUAAAAGCCUUGGCUUCUUUGAUGACUUACAAAUGUGCUGUUGUAGAUGUGCCUUUCGGUGGAGCCAAAGCGGGUGUCAAAAUAAACCCUAGGAAUUACUCGGACGCAGAGCUGGAAAAGAUUACGAGGAGGUUCACGAUAGAACUGGCAAAGAAAGGCUUUAUCGGGCCUGGCAUCGAUGUCCCAGCUCCAGAUAUGAGCACAGGAGAGAGGGAAAUGUCCUGGAUAGCAGAUACUUAUGCUAAUACUAUUGGACACACAGAUAUUAAUGCACAUGCCUGUGUAACUGGUAAGCCGAUCAGCCAGGGAGGAAUUCAUGGACGUAUAUCUGCCACUGGUCGGGGUGUCUUCCAUGGAAUUGAGAACUUUAUCAAUGAAGCUUCCUACAUGGGCCAGCUGGGCAUGACUCCUGGGUUUGGUGACAAAACCUUUGUCAUUCAGGGAUUUGGUAAUGUUGGUCUGCAUUCCAUGCGUUAUCUCCACCGUUUUGGUGCCAAAUGUGUUGGCAUUGGUGAGAUUGAUGGUACCAUCUGGAAUCCAAAUGGUAUUGACCCUAAAGAACUUGAAGACUACAAACUGCAACAUGGAACAAUAGUGGGAUUCCCCAAGGCCCAGCCAUAUGAUGGAAACAUUCUCGAGGCAGAGUGCGACAUUCUCAUCCCAGCUGCCAGUGAGAAACAACUCACAAAGUCGAAUGCACAUAGGAUAAAAGCCAAGAUUAUUGCCGAAGGUGCGAACGGUCCUACAACGCCAGAAGCCGAUAAAAUCUUCCUUGAAAGGAACAUCAUGGUCAUUCCAGAUCUGUAUUUGAAUGCCGGUGGUGUAACCGUGUCUUACUUUGAGUGGCUGAAAAACCUAAAUCAUGUUAGUUAUGGACGUUUGACCUUCAAGUAUGAACGUGACUCAAACUACCACUUACUAAUGUCUGUACAAGAAAGUCUAGAAAGGAAAUUUGGGAAACAUGGUGGUGCUAUUCCAGUUGUGCCAACCGCUGAGUUCCAGGCCAGGAUAUCUGGUGCUUCUGAGAAAGACAUUGUCCAUUCGGGUCUGGCAUACACCAUGGAGCGAUCUGCUAGACAAAUCAUGCGCACUGCAAUGAAGUACAACUUGGGCUUGGAUCUGAGAACCGCUGCCUACGUCAACGCCAUCGAGAAAGUAUUCAAGGUGUACAAUGAGGCUGGUCUGACCUUCACAUAGAUGAUGAAAUCUACUGGACCGCUCCCCUUUUGCCAUCCCUUUUUAAAAUAUAUAUACGUUUACAUGUAACCACAGACUUAUCAAUUUCUGUUUUGUUUAUAUUUUUCCUCACGUAUGACUGAGGACACAAAUGCUUCCGUCCCUUUUGUCUUUUCCAUACACUAUUUGGUGUACAAUAACCCAAGUAACUUGAAACCCAUUUUAAGUCUAUCAGAGGACCUGCUGAGUUUGUUUGGGUACUAUCAGACUUCUUUUCUUGUGUCAGUCAAGGAGCAGCCAUUGAUAAUGCAGUGACUUGCUUGGUUAUUUAAGUAACCGCUACUAAAUUUGGCCAAAUAGAUUUAUUUUUUUUUUAAAUUGCUGAUGUUUCUCUGGUUACAAAAUAUGUACCUUGUGUAGGAUUACAAAAAUGUUGGGUUAGAUUGUUUUGUUCUCUGGAGUUACAAUGUUCUGUAUACUGUACGACAUAUCUUUUUUUUUAAAUUUGGACAUAAAAACCAGACGUUCUGAAUAUUUCAUAGGCUUGGCAGAGUGGUUUGAGCGGCUGCAAUAUCCGCUGCCACUUAUGUAACAUACGGAGUGAGUUUCUUUUACUGCCGUCUUCAUGUUGAGUAGAGUGGGGCAGGCCUCGAGUGGAGCGAUUCAGGAGUGUCAUGGAAUGACAUUUUGCACAUAAACCUCUGCAGGCCAUGUUUUUUUACACUUGCUGCUGAACCAUGUGCGAACGUAGGCUUCAUUAUCAGUUAGGACUAAUUUGCCAGUUGUAAAUACUGAACUGUAUUAAGCAUAUAGUUCUCGAUAAUGUCCUACUACUAGACAUGAUUGUGUUUUUGUUAACUGGGCUAUAUCUUAAAGGGAAAGUAUGACUUAGAGAAGAGUGUAACUUCCUUUAGUCCACAGUGGCUUCUGCCAUCGCCUUUUUAAUUUGUCCUUAUUCAAUCGUCUGCAACUUUAUUGAACAACUUCAUAUCUCAUUAGUCAGCCAUCUUAAUUAUCCUUCAGGCUGCAGCGUGAGCCGUAACAUUUUCAUAAGGUUAGACUUUUUAAACUAGUCUGCACACAUCUGUUUCUACCGCAUUUAUUAAUCUCCAGCUGAUGCCGUGUACAGGUAAUCUUCAUGUCCCUCCAUUUUUAGGCAUUUUAAGGUGGCCUAAUGAUGCAAAUGAUGCUAAUGAGUUUUAAAACUCUAUAUGCAUUCUUUCCACCCCCUCCCUUUCCAGCUGUUUCAUAUAGUAGUUAUCCUGUUUUAUGCUUCUGUUCACUGAAACCACUUGCAUAAAUGUACAGCUAGUAAUACUCAAAUAUAUAUUUGUCCAAAUAUUUUUUUAGCUCUCAAGGCCUUGCAAGAACCGUUUUUACAAUACUGUUCCACUAUAGUUCCAAGGAGAUGUAUUGCAGAUCUUAGGAAUUGCCGCGUAUAUGAAAUGUAUACUUUCUUUUCUUUUUUUUUUUGUUACUGACUUUGUAACUGCAUGAAUUGAGAAAGUGAUCAAAUAUGACAUUAAAAGUCCUCCUUUCCAAAAA